CAUGGGGCGGGGGCCGGAAGUACCUCUACGUCUCCCGGUUGCUAAGAGACGGAGCUGCUACAAACUAGACCGAAGUUCUAGGGCUUCUUUUCCUGCUUGUAUUCGCUUCAGCGUUUCCAAAUCGGGUUACUAUGUCGGACCCAGAAAAUGAGAGCCUGCGAAGCACCUUUCCCUCGUACAUGGCGGAGGGCGAGCGGCUCUAUCUAUGCGGCGAAUUCACUAAAGCUGCCCAGAGCUUCAGCAAUGCUCUUCACCUUCAGAAUGGAGAUAAGAACUGCCUGGUUGCCCGCUCCAAGUGUUUCCUGAAGAUGGGAGAUUUAGAGAAAUCCCUGAAGGAUGCUGAGGCUUCACUCCAGGGUGAUCCAACUUUCUGCAAGGGGAUUUUACAAAAGGCUGAGACACUGUACACCAUGGGAGACUUUGAGUUUGCCUUGGUGUUCUAUCAUCGAGGCUAUAAGCUGCGACCUGACCGGGAAUUCAAAGUUGGAAUUCAGAAAGCCCAGGAAGCCAUCAACAACUCAGUGGGAAGUCCUUCUUCAAUCAAGCUGGAGAACAGAGGGGAUCUUUCUUUCUUAAGCAAGCAGGCUGAGAAUAUGAAAGCCCAGCAGAAGCCUCAUCCCAUGAGACAGUUCUUGCAUGACACCAAGAGAGAGAGCAAGCGGAAGGGCUCGCUCAAGAGUGAGAAGACUGUCCGCCAGCUCCUGGGGGAGCUCUAUGUGGACAAGGAGUAUCUGGAGAAGCUCCUACUGGACGAAGACCUGAUUAAAGGCACCAUCAAGCGCGGUCUGACCGUGGAGGACCUCAUCAUGACCGGCAUCAACUAUCUGGAUACCCGUAGUGACUUCUGGAGGCAGCAGAAGCCGAUCUACGCCAGGGAGCGGGACCGGAAACUGAUGCAAGAGAAAUGGCUACGUGACCGCAAACGCCGUCCCUCGCAGACAGGCCAUUACAUCCUCAAGAGCCUCGAGGACAUUGACAUGUUGCUGACCAGCGGCAGUGCUGAAGGGAGCCUUCAGAAGGCUGAGAAAGUGCUGAAGAGGGUACUGGAGUGGAACAAAGAAGAGGUACCCAACAAGGACGAGCUGGUUGGAAACUUGUACAGCUGCAUAGGGAAUGCCCAGGUUGAGCUGGGGCAGAUGGCGGCAGCCCUGCAGAGUCACAGAAAGGACCUAGAGAUCGCCAGGGAGUAUGACCUUCCUGAUGCCAAAUCCAGAGCCCUCGACAAUAUCGGCAGGGUUUUUGCUAGAGUUGGGAAAUUCCAGCAAGCCAUUGACACGUGGGAGGAGAAGAUCCCACUGGCAAAAACCACCCUGGAGAAGACCUGGUUGUUCCAUGAGAUCGGCCGCUGCUACCUGGAGCUGGAGCAGCCCUGGCAGGCCCAGUCCUAUGGUGAGAAGUCCCAGCAGUAUGCUGAGGAGGAAGGGGAUGUUGAGUGGCAGCUGAACGCCAGCGUCCUGGUAGCGCAGGCACAAGUGAAGCUGAAAGACUUUGAGUCAGCCGUUAGCAACUUUGAGAAGGCCCUGGAGAGAGCGAAGAUUGUCCAUAACAACGACGCGCAGCAGGCCAUCAUUAGUGCCUUGGAUGAUGCCAACAAGGGCAUCAUUGAAGAGCUGAAGAAAACUAACUACAGGGAGAACCUCAAAGAAAAGAGAGAGAAAGAAGAGACCAUGGCAUUGGAUGAUGCCACAAUGAUGGCAAAGAGACUUAAUGAAGAGAAGAAAAUGAAACGAGCGAAAGAGGAACCUGAGAAGGUGAUGAAGCAGUGGGAGAGAGAACAUAUGGAGCCAGAUGACGAGCUGUUCGAGGCAGACCUGAAGAGCUCAGCACUUGAGCUGGAAGGGAGCAGGCAGAGACUGGAAACAGAAAACACCAGCUCCUCAGGAAGAACAGAACUGGGGGCAAUGGAAGGAAGAGAUUCAGGAGAAGUCGGCAAAAGACUGCCUGGAGAAUUAGGCAGAAGAGAGUCGGGAGAAACAGGCAGGAAGCUAUCAGAAGUGGGCAGAAGACAAGCAACGGAAAUCUACAGGAGGCCCUCAGGAGAAAUAGGCCACAGGCUCUCAGAAGGGUUAAGUGGAAGCGAAUCGGAAGGAAGCAAACGGGCAGAAGCAGACAGAAGAGAGUCAGAAGACUUGCCAGUGCCAGGAGAGAUGGGCAACACAGAAAAUCCUGAAGAGAUGAAAAAAGAUGUAAAGGAAGAUGAAUAAAGCCUUGUUAACAGGCAUUAGGAUCAGGAGGCUGGAGUUCACAGCGAUGAUGGGAAUCUUAUUAAACUGGAUUUUCAAGCUGAGAUUUGUCUUUAAUAGGAAAAAAAUGGGGGACUGGGCCCUACUGGUCACCUCUGCUUCUUUCUGUCACCAUUUUCCCUUUAAAUAUAUAUAUUUUCACUCUUACAAGCCCUGAGUUUAUUUUUUUGCCCCCUCACUCCCACCCAGUCUCAGAAGAGCCUGAGCGAAUGAAUCAGUGAUGCUGGUGUGGGUACCACUUCCCAAGCUGAACUCUUGUCCCAGAACCCCGAACAAGGCCUGACCAAGAGUGUGACCAAGGUGUGCAACAUAGCCCUCUCCCCCCAGGCCCUGUACUAGGACCUCAUGGAAGAGAAAGGUGCUAAGAAAUGUUUCCAGGAGGGUGAAGAAACAGGUGAGCUCCAAAGAACCCAGGAAGCUUAACAGGAGGAGAAAGAGAAAGGCUUGGGAAUGGCCACGGGUUUGCCAACCACUGGCCAUUGGUUUAUUUUUCAGAGCCCCUGCUGUGUGCAGGACACUGUAGGAGGCUUUAUGGAGAAGUGAUAACAGGACAGGCUCAGCUAUCAUGCCAUGGAGGAGGCCGACUUGUAAAGCCUUCAAAGCAGAGUGAAAUGAAUGCUGGGACUGAUAAGGGGCCAUUUUGCCCCAGGAGCCCAGAGGAAGAAAGGUGGCUCCUUUGAAAGAAAGAAACGGGGCUGGCCCUGGGAGCUGGGACAGUAGCUGGACUUCACGGGUAUGACUCCUGGUGGCAUGACCAAGUAAAUCGAGCUCUCCAAGCUUGUUUCCACCUCUGUAAAAUGGGAUACCUGCCUCAGGGGUUGGCACGAGGGUUAAAUAAGAAGGCACACAGCAAAGGCUAGAAAAUCAAACGGAGUGUUGAGUGGGUCACAGAGGAGGUGGCAACUGAGCAGCUGACCUUAGAGAACGAGUCAGGAUUCCACCAUGCUCUGUCCUUUUCGUUCCGUCUCCACACCCACUCGAAAGCGUGGAGUUGCAGCUGACUUUAGGCUGGGGUAGAGGAGGGGACUGGAGUGAGAUGAGUAAGGUACUGCUUUGGGCCAAAAGUAAACACAAAACACCAAACCAGUUGCUGUGGAGUGAUUCUGACUUAUGGUGACCUCACGUGUCUCAGAGUAGAACUGUGCUCCACAGGGUUUUCAAUGACUAGAUCUCAGAAGUUGAUCCCAGGCCUUUCUUCCAAGUUGCCUCUGAGUGGACUGAACCAUCAACCCUUAGGUUAGGAGCCAAGCACUUAAGGGACUCAAGGUGGCGCCAAAACACUCAGUAAUCGAGACAGGUAAUAUUUCAAUGCAAAAUUGGAAAAAAAAUUACAAUUAAUGCAAAACUCCAUGCUGAAUAAAAUGCCAACGUUUUACAGACAGGUUCUGACCCUGCCCUUGCACGACCCUGCCUCACUCGUCCCAUCCUAGGCCUAGCCUUGGUCUGGCGGUGGGGCUGGUUGCUUCCCUAAAUAGAGUUAAGCAUUAACAAGCGCAAGAACAGAGGCCGAACAAGCUCCCUGGGCCGCCGCAGGUCUCGGAGAGCACAG